AUGGAUACCUCAGUUCCCCGCAAACGCCCUGCCAGUCCGCGCCUCAUACCUAACCCCUUCAUCAAAAAGAAAAACCUACAAUGGACAUUGGACGCCCCUAGUUCCAGCUUUCAAGACUCUCGGCCAUUGGACGGCCCGGCCCCCGGGAACGUGCUCGCGGGCCAAAACCCCGACCCUAGCUCUUCCGCCCCCGAACCGAGGCCCACUGCUGCCGCCGUGGAAUCCGGGGCCGCUGUCGUUGAUGAUCAUCUAGCUCACUUCUCGGAGCACUUGGCCCAAUUCGUCACUCGCCCGGCAGGGGAAGACUGUGUUCCGAGACUCUCCAUUGAUGACUAUGCUGCUCUUUAUACAGCAAGUGCUGGCUCCAAGCAGGGUGCCCACUUUGUCAUUCAUCAGCACGACCACCCCGUCGCCGGCACUCACUAUGAUCUCCGCCUGCAGAUCAACGAAACCAGCAGUGUCAGCUGGGCUAUUAUGUAUGGUUUGCCCGGCGAUCCAAAUAGCAUCAGGCUGAAUAGGAAUGCGACUGAGACACGCAUUCACUCGUUAUGGAAUCACUUAAUCGAGACUGCCUCUUCAGACACAGGCUCCCUCAUGAUAUGGGAUACAGGCACGUAUUCGAUUUUGCCUCGCCGCAGCAAAUAUGCUCCAGCCCUGGACCCAGAUUCUGGCUCGUCAGACGAUGAAUCAACGUCUUCAUCAUCACCCACCACCCAGCAAACCCUACUACAUGCCGCCUUUCAAACAAGAAAAAUCAAAAUACGGCUUCAUGGCACCAAGCUUCCAGACCCAUAUGUGGUAUAUAUACGCCUUACCAAGACAGAGGAUGCUGUUGGACGCGUUAAAGCCACUCAAGUCAAGAAGCCAGCGCGUCGGCGUCGGAGUCGGAGGAGGACAGGCAAGUCUGCAGAAGCAAAAACAGCGGAAACCAGCUCCAGUGAAACGGAUGUGGAAGCAAAUAAUGAUGCAGACAUUGUCCCCGCGACCAAUUCGCAGCUUUUGCAGCAAGAUGCAACCGUUUCGGCGCUGGAGAAGGAGCUGCGCGAGUUGGAGGACGACGAGGUGCGACGCACCAACGCAUACAAAGGCGCGAUGAACUCUAUCGGCUCCAUUCAUCAGCGUAAAUGGUAUAUGUCUCUAGAGAGAGACCUUUCUGGUUUCGUACCUAAAAAGGCAGAGAAUAAUCGUAUGAUCUGGCAGCCGAAGAUCAUGGCAGCUGCCGAUAUGGGGGAGCGUAUCGAGUCGGACUCACAUAUCCGUCUAUCGUAUCCAUUCUACGUUCGCGGUAGAGACUUUGAGCGCAGUGUGAUCACCGGUCGUCUUGGCACUGAAAUUCUCCGCGACGAAGGUGUCGAUCGCUUUGUUCCUAGGAUGGGCUGGAAGCCUGUGGUCAACUAG